CCAACUCCUCCAGUGGCCGGCCGGAGCCAGCCCAGAGCCCCCUCCGGGUCGGCCCAGCUCCCGCAGGAACCAGGACAAUCAUUAAUCGGAUUCUUGACAUUCUUUGGCCCCAGGUCGGCUUGGGAAGCAUGCUCCCCGGAAGAGGAGGAGCAGAGUCCCAGGACUGGCAUUUGGACAUGCAGCUGGCAGGCAAGGUGGUGCUGUCGGCCGCCGCGCUGCUCCUGGUGACCGCAGCCUACAGGCUGUACAGGUUGAGGCCCGCCCGGGCCCCGCUGGGGGACAGGAACUCCAAGGCCGAGGAGAAGGCCGAGGGCUCCGGGCAGCCGGCGGACCCGGGGGCUGUUCCUGGGGCACCACACCGGGCUCUGAGACGCCGGAGGGGAAGCAAGGGGGCCGGAGCGCCGCUGGGCUGUGGCCGGGAAAGUCAGGGGGGCUCCCGAGUCCCGGCAACAGGACGCUCUCCCGAAGACGCAGAAGCCCAAGAGGCUCGGGAGCGCGAGAAGAAGGGCGCUGGUGUGGAAGCGGGUGGGCAGGGCCUUGUCUCUGGGCUGGCACCUCCUCGCUGCAGUGGCCAGGAAGCCGGAACAGCUGUUGGCGGUAAGCCCGAGCCGCCCCACCACCCCACUGUGGGCGAUGAAUUCCAAAGCUCCCCACUUGGCCUCGCUGCGGCAGAGGGGAGCAGGGUGGGCAGGGCGCCCACUCCAUGGCGGGACGGCGGACCCCCGGGACAGCCAGGGCUCGGGGAGCAGGAGUCCCCCGCCACGAGCCUGAUGGCCCACACGGAAGGCGAGAGUGACGCGAACAGGAGCUGGGUCUUUCCUCGCAACAGGGGGGCCCACGGGGAAGAGGCCGGGGCCCUCCAGGCGGCCGUGGACAUGGGCCUGACCCUGCACCAGCGGGAGGGAGCCGCCAGUGCCUCCUAUACCUACUCGUCUGUGUCCCGGGUUCGCGUGGAGGAGAACUUCAUUCCUGAGAAGGUGGAGGGGAUGGGGCCCAGGCUGAAGGGCAAGGUGUACGAUUACUAUGUCGAGUCCACUUCCUGGGCCACCUCCAAGGGCCGGCUGGCCCCCAGGACAGCCGCCCCGGCUGAGGCUCGGCUCCCCGUGCCCCUGCCAGGCGCCGCCCCGGGAACAGAGGCCGCUUCAGGAGGCCGGGAAGGUGGAGCCGAAACGCCCACCUCCUCCCAGCCGGGGCCGUCGCCCCCCACGCAAGGCCUCGGCAGGAAGGAGAGCCUCGUCCGGAUCAUGGAGAACCCGGAGCUCCAGCUCCAGCUCGAGGGCUUCGGGGCCCCCGCUCCGUCCUGCCCAGACCAGAGCGCCCCGCCUGGCCGCCCCCUUCCCCAGGCUUCUCUUGGGUCCGGCUCGGCCGGAAGCAGCCGCGAGGCCCACGUGCAGCUCGUGGCGGGGACCAACUUCUUCCACCUCCCGCUGGCCCCCGGCUCAGCGCCAGACGUGCACCUGGAUCUGGGCAACUGCUACCAGGUGCUGACCUUGGCCAAGAAGCAGAAGCUGGAGGCGCUGAAGGAAGCGGCCUACAAGGUGAUGAGCGACAACUACCUCCAGGUCCUGCGCAGCCCGGACAUCUACGGGUGCCUGAGCGGGACGGAGCGGGAGCUGAUCCUCCGGCGCCGCCUGCGGGGCCGCGAGCGCCUGGUGGUGGCGGACGUGUGCCCCCAGGAGGGCUCCGGCCGUCUCUGCUGCUACGACGAGGCGCAGGACGCCUGGCACCCGCUGGCCCGCCUGCCCCCCGAGGCGGUGUCCCGAGGCUGCGCCCUCUGCAGCCUCUUCAAUUACCUCUUCGUGGCGUCCGGUUGCCGGGGGCCCGGGCACGAGCCCUCCAACCGCGUCUUCUGCUACAACCCGCUGACCGGCAUCUGGAGCGAGGUGUGCCCGCUGAACCAGGCCCGGCCGCACUGCCGGCUGGUGGCCCUGGACGGCCACCUGUACGCCAUCGGCGGCGAGUGCCUGAACACGGUGGAACGCUAUGACCCGCGCCUGGACCGCUGGACCUUUGCGCCGCCGCUCCCCAGCGACGCCUUCGCCCUGGCGCACACGGCCACGGCGUGUGCGGGCGACGUCUACGUCACGGGCGGCACCCUGCGCUACCUGCUGCUCCGCUUCUCGGCCCGGGAGCAGCGCUGGCGGGCCGGCCCCACGGGGGGCGGCAAGGACCGCACGGCCGAGAUGGUGGCCGUCAACGGCUUCCUCUACCGUUUUGAUCUCGACCGCCGCCUGGGCAUCAGCGUCCACCGCUGCAGCGCCAGCGCCCGCCUCUGGUACGAGUGCGCCACCUACCGCACCCCGUACCCGGACGCCUUCCAGUGCGCCCCGGUGGGCGACCUCAUCUACUGCGUGGGGCGCUGGCGCUCGCUCUGCUUCCUGGCCGACCACAUCUCGCCCAGGUUUGUGCCCAAGGAGCCACGGAGCUUCCCCUCCCCGCGGGGCACCCUCCUGCCCGCCGUCCUGACCCUGCCCGUCCCCGACGCGCCUCAGACCAGGGUCUAG